GGGUUCCCAGCACAGGGCUCCAUGGUGCACAGCGAGGAGGAAGAGGAGGGGGAAGGAGGCCCUGGGGUGCUGCCCUGCAUUGGGGCCCAUGUGAUGGGAGGUCUCCUGGCUGGAUGCAGGGUGCGCUGCAGGAUGCAGGGGCUCCCACCUCCCCAGCACCCUUAUGGGGCAGCAUCCCAGCAUGUCCCCAAGCACUCUUGGGUGAGGUGAGCAGCACCUGAAGAUGUCCCCACACCAGUGCCUGUGGCUUCCCCUCCUAAUGCCUUAAUCCGCCCCUGAUCCGCGGUGCCCCUGGGCUGGUCCUGCUGACCUUGCAGGCACUGCCCCGGGCUGGGACCAGCGGCAUCGGGGGGCGCGGGCGGCCACAGCCACCACUCAUGGCCUCCUUCUUCACGGCUGCCCUGAAGAGCUUCAAGGGGGGCGAGGAGGAGGCACCCAAGGGGCCCCCCAAGGAUGCCAAGGAGGCCGCGCUGCCCAACGGCAUGAACCGCGAGGAGUUUGAGGAGUACCAGCGGCAGCUGCUGGAGGAGAAGAUUGAGCGGGACAAGGCCUUUGCACAGAGGAAGGCGGGGAGGGCCGCUGUCCGGAUGCACCUGCGGGACAAGUACCGCCUGGCCCAGGACGAGCGGGACGAUGCUCAGCUGCACGUGGCCGGCGGCGCGGUGGAGCUGCCGCAGGAGCUGGCCCCCAUGGUGCACGGUGAGGAGGAGGAGGAGGAGGAGGAGGGCAGCGCCGGGGCCUUCACCUUCCUGAGCAAGCUGCGGGACGUGGAGCUGCCGGCGCUGCGGGACCGGGCGCUGGGCAGCAUGGGCGAGGUGAAGAAGUGUGCCUUGAUGUGAUGCUGCUGCCCACCCCAGCAGUGCUGGGCCGAGGGGAUGUGCGGGCUGUGGGUGCCAUUACCUGGGGUGAGCA